AUGGGGUACAGUAGGACGGAUAUCUUCCUGUGGCCAGGAGGUGUCGCCCUCGACGGGCCUGCGCGUUCGUCCGAGCUGGGCAGGUCUUCAGCCUCGGAUGCGUUCCAGCAGCGGCGCCUCGCCGAGGACAGUCCGGGGCUGCCCAGAUCGCCCCGAACGACCGCCAGGGGCCCAAGUUACGUUACGAGGCUUCCGAGGGGCCUGAGCGCUCCUGGCAAGGUGUCUUCUCACAGCUUCAGAAAGGACGAGCCUUCAGCGCGAGAACCAGAGACUGACACAUCGAGCAACCGCAGAGGUGAAGAACCUUCAGCUCGAGAAUCGGAGGCGGCACCAAUGCGCAAACAACAGUGGUGGGCCGUCUCCCCACAGUAG